GUUCGUAAACUCAAAUGACCAGUUCCGGACUUCCGAGGAGAUGAUGACUGUGUAGAGAAGGUUGCCAAAUCAGGAUUGGAUGUCUUUGCACAUAACAUCGAGACAGUUGAAGAGCUACAGAAUGUUGUACGGGAUCAUCGUGCUAGUUUUAAGCAGUCAUUAAAAGUUCUAAUGAUGGCCAAGGAAUAUGCUCCUGCUGGAACACUCACUAAGACUUCAAUAAUGUUAGGUUGUGGGGAAACACCUGACCAGGUCGUGAAGACCAUGGAAAAGGUUCGAGCGGCUGGUGUUGACGUGAUGACAUUUGGGCAGUACAUGAGACCUUCAAAGCGCCACAUGCCAGUAUCUGAAUAUAUUACACCGGAGGCCUUUGAUAAGUAUCAGACUCUUGGCAUGGAAAUGGGCUUUCGAUAUGUGGCAUCAGGGCCCAUGGUGAGGUCUUCAUACAAAGCAGGUGAAUUCUAUAUUAAAUCCAUGAUUGAAUCGGAUCGAGCUGCAUCUCCCUCAAAGCUGACAUCCUCUUGAUCCAUUAUCUUUUUUUCUUUUAUUUACUCACUCCAAUGCAUAUGUAAGGAGCGCAGGCUCACUACAUGCUGUUGAUGCUCAUGCCACCUGUAAUAUGAGUGAAAAUCUGUAAACGGGCAUGUGCUGUAUGCCAUUUUUUUUUCAGCCUCCUACUCAACCCCAACACCUAUUAUUUGGAAAGUGCAGAUUUCAGAGUUGAUUGUAUAUGUUCUCAUUUACGUGUACUCAUUUUCUCUAUUUAACUGGUACUCAUACCAGUUUCUGUAGUUAUUAAAAGCAAUAAAUGUUUUCCUCUUAUUUGA